CAUCUUCUACUCAUUUACGGCACCCUCCCUAGUUCAACAGGAGUGGCAGCAAAGAAAGGAAAAAAAGUUGCCAGCAUGGCGUUGACGCUCUAUUCUCUCAUCCAGACCGCUAUUCUGUGCACAAACGCCAUCGCUGUGUUGCACGAAGAAAGGUUUCUCAGAAAAAUUGGUUCAGGUGUCGACCAGGGCGUUACAGGUUUUGGAGACGACCCGGGAAUCAAAGCCCAGGUCCUCAAUCUCAUCCGCUCAGUGCGAACUGUCAUGAGAGUGCCUCUUAUAAUAGUGAAUACAGCUUCCAUUGUCCUGCUGUUGCUUUUUGGGUGACGAGCGGUCCACAGGCUCAAGUAUCAAUCUCAAGAUGGAGGUCCAAGGAACACACACACACAUGCACAUUUCACAUUUGAGUGGAAAGAGUGUUGUCUCCCAUUUAAGAAAACAAUAACAGAUUCCUUCAGUUGAGCUACAUCUUUUAUAAGUAUGUUUUCAUGUUAUAGUGCAUAACAGUCGCCAAGUGGCUACACUGAUGAGAUGCUUGUAACUACAAUUCAUAUUGCAACUCUUGAUUGGCUUCUCGGAUGAGCCCCAAAUGUAUGAAAACAAUGUUGCAUUUAUGUUUUUCACUUCUCUUGUUGCUCUGUUAUUAUUGUCAUAAUCCAAAAAAUGUUUUCCUUUCAUUUUUUUUUCACCUCCGUAUAAUAAAUGUUGACACAGUU